CCAUUUUCCACAUUGCCACUCUGAUGCCCACCAAGGAUUUGGAUAAAUACCGCUGCGACAAGAAGAGGCACCUGGGGAAUGACUUUGUUUCCAUCGUUUACAAUGAUUCUGGGGAAGACUUUAAACUGGGGACAAUAAAGGGCCAGUUCAAUUUUGUGCACGUUAUCAUCACGCCACUGGACUACGACUGUAACCUGGUGACGCUGCAGUGUCGGAAAGACAUGGAGGGUCUGGUGGACACGAGCGUCGCUAAGAUCAUCUCGGAUAAGAACCUGCCCUUCGUCGCCCGUCAGAUGGCCCUGCACGCCAACAUGGCUUCCCAGGUUCACCACAGUCGAUCAAACCCUACGGACACCUACCCCUCCAAAUGGAUCGCCAGGCUGCGGCACAUCAAGAGGCUGAGGCACCGGCUCCGUGAAGAGACCCAGUACCAGAGCCCCGGCCUUCCCCUGCAGAUGCACCCCUCUGCUCCCACAAAGCCCCCUCCCCAGGCGUCCCAGGACCCCCCACCCACCUACGAGACCGGGCAGCGGAAGCGGCUCAUCUCCUCGGUGGACGACUUCACGGAGUUCGUGUAG